GUCACAAACUCGAUCAUAACUUGUGACUAUCGUAGUGAUACGUUAAAGUAUAACCAUGUUGCAUUGAUAUAUCAUUUAUUGGGUAAUGGGUACCAAUUCAUCAUUGUACAAGCAUCACUCUUCCUUCUUCUUUCCCAACCCCAAUGAAUGAAAAAAGCUACAUAGUAGGGUAGUUAUCAUAAAUGGUCACAUAACUAUUUACUUUGUACAAAAUGGUCACAAAUCUUUAAUUUUGCACGUUUCGGUAACAUAUGUUUGGACUAAUAACAAAAAGGUAAUUCCGUCCAUCUCCAUCCAAAAGUCCGUUAGUUUAAUCCAGUCAGCAUGCCAUGUCAUUAACAAAUAAUAAUAAUAAAAAUCAAUAACCAAACCAAACUCAAUCCCACCCAAAUAUUAUACCCAACCAAUAAAACUACAGACCCGCGAGACCACCUCCUCAUCCAGAUCUCACGCUCUCUUUCCCUCGCCUCACCAUGUGUUUCGUACAGCUGUUCCCACGCGCCCACUUUUUGAUCGCCUUCCCUCCCACGGCGCACAGAACCAAUCCGAUCGAGCAGGAAGACUCGGUUAGAUUGCUGCAAGCAGCCGUGAUGGCGGCUAUCUGCUCCGCCUUGAACCCAUCGUUGAGCGAGACCGUGAGGAUAUUCAAGCGCCUGAGGGAUUUGGAGAAGACGCGAUGUAGCUGCAGAACUGGAGGUAGGUCCUCGGUCCAUUAGUAGAAAUUGGAGAGAUCGAGGCUCCGAAGAUGGCUGCAAUGUCGGAAGAGGGGCUCGAAAUCGUCGCCGAGUUGGACGGAGGAAGGGCGCUGCUUGCCAUGCCUCGAAGUAGAAGAAGAAGAAGAAGAAGAAUUACGAUCCCCUGCUCGGGGCUCCGAUCGCGAUUCCCUAAAUGUGACCUGGACCUGGAUUCUCCCAAGUCCAGCCCUUCUUCUACGACUUCGAUUCCUCCUUCUACGGUGCCGACUACAAGAAUUUCCAGCAAAUCACUCACGAGCGCCAGUUCAAUCCCCGUCCAUAGUUCUACAUGUUUUAAGGAAAUAAGUUAUGGUUCAAUUGGGUUGGAGAGGGUGCCAAUUCCGUGCUCCGGUUUCUAUCUCCAAUCCGAGCAUAAACAUAGCGACACUUGUAAUCAAUUAUGGUUUAAUUGGAUAGGCAUAUGGGAAUUGGAUCGUGAGGAAUGGAUGAUUCUUGGAUUAGGGUUACAAAGAGAGGGGAAACAUAGUUGAGUCUGUUCUUAAAUUGGGUUUGUAGUUUUAUAUUGGUUGGGUAAAUUUUUGGGCGGGAUUGAGUUAGGUUGGUUGGGUAUAAUUGGUUUGGUUUAUUAAUUUUUUAUUAUUAUUUGUUGAUGACAUGACAUGCUGACUGGAUUAAACUAAUGGAUUUUUGGAUGGAGAUUGACGGAAUUACAUUUUUGUUAUUAGUCCAAACAUAUGUUACCGAAACGUGCAAAAUUGAAGAUUUAUGAUCGUUUUGUACAAAAUGAAUAGUUAUGUGACCAUUUAUGAUAACUACCCCUACAUAGUAGGUUAAGUAGUGAGAGAGAGGCAUUAUCAUGACUAAUUAGCUGUAAUCAUCGGAUUCAAUAAAAGGAAAGUUGCAUAGAAGUUAGGCCACAGGAAGGGCUGCUAAUUAUAAUUAUGAGCUGAUUAAUUAAUAAGUUGAGCAGUAAAUGGUUUCUGGAAACCGCGUAGGGAUGUGAUGCUGCAUCAUUCACGGGAGAACCAACAGAAAGAAGAAAGAAGAAGAAGAUUUUGGUCCUUUCUCACUUGGUUGGUUGCACCUUUCUCUUUUCUUCCAUUUUCCCCCUCUUAAUUGAUUCCAUUUCAUUGUGUAAAAUGAAUGUAAAGCUCAUCUUUCUAAUAAAAAACAUUUGUUCAA